AUGACCGUCAAGCCCAAGGUGCACGGCGCCAUUUUCGAUAUGGAUGGUACACUUCUUGAUACAGAAGAGCUAAGUCGCCUCGCUAUUGAUGGUGUCGUGCGUCAAUUCGGGAGCGAGUUUACUAUGGCGAUGCACAAGACCAUUUUAGGUCGCCCUGCCGUUGAGUGGACGCGUAUGGCCAUCGCCGCCGCUGGCCUGAGUGAGGAGACUAUCACAGCAGACGAGCUUUUUAAACAAUGGGAGAAGAGUAUGCGCUCAAUGUCAGACCGUGUUCAAGAGUUACCGGGUGCCUUGGAGACAUUAAGUGCACUACACGCUCGGGGCAUUCCCUUGGCACUUGCUACAUCUAAUAGUAAGAGUGUCGUGGAAACAAAGAUCGCGCAUCACUCAAAACUUUUCUCAUUCUUUUCUACGAUCGUGUGCGGCGAUGAUCCCGCCGUAAAACAAGGCAAGCCUGCACCGGAUAUCUUUCGUACAGCAAGUCAACGUCUGUUUGGUCUGAAUGAAGGAGAAGAUGGCGACAAACCGCCACGCUGUAUUGUUUUUGAGGAUUCGGUGAAUGGCUACAUUGCUGCAAAUGCGGCGGGUAUGUAUAGCAUUGCUAUUCCUGAUGUGCGGAUCCAUACAGAAGAAGCCCAGAGAAUGCAUUUGUUUGGUCAAGCAGACGAAGUGAUUACUUCACUCACCCAAUUUCAAAUUGACAAUUACGAAUGGCAAAUUUAA